UUGCACGGCCUCAGCCAAUCUGACAACAUGCCCCCUUAGCUAUGCCUUCCUUUCACUGGUUGACAGGAUUGGCACUGGGUGUCCACCUUCCCACAAGUGUGGCAGCUGAUGUAGGUUCCUUCCAAAUGAUUGAGGAAGAAGGCUGCGCUGGGGAGAGCAUGGCCACACAAAGAUGUGGUCCUCCUGUCUCUCUUUUCUGCUCUUUUACAUGCGGCAGCCAUUUUGUGCUGCGCCACACCUCCAGGGCAGCCAUUUUGUGACUGACGCCUACAGCGCUUUCUCCAUACUGUACUUUUGGUGGGGCCCCCCAUUACAAUGUCACAUCAAGUAACCACUAUUGUACACUUGUCACUUGAAACCAUUGGUUCAAGUCCCACCUUCCAGAGCCAGGAGAAAACAAGUUUCUUCCAUUCUCCUCCAGGUAUUGUCCAGGGGGCCAUUGAAGUGGCGAUAAAAAACGGUUACCGGCAUAUCGACUGCGCCUACUUCUACGACAACGAGGGGGCCAUCGGGGAAGCUUUCGAGAAAGUCUUGAAGGAAGGGCUAGUGAAGAGAGAGGACCUUUUUGUUGUCAGUAAGCUGUGGAAUAGCUACCACGCUCCUGAAGAUGUGAAGCCAGCUCUCCUGGAAACCCUGAAGCUGCUGCGCCUGGAUUACCUGGAUCUGUACCUGAUGCACUCUCCCAUGGGCAUUAAGAACGUCAAGGGUGAUACCUUGCCCCAGAAGGAUGGGAAGGUUCUGCAGACUGAUGUCGAUUACGUGGACACAUGGAAGGCUAUGGAGAAGCUGGUGGAUGAAGGCCUGGUGAAGUCUAUUGGGGUGGCCAACUUCAACCAGUGCCAGUUGGAGCGGCUGCUCUCCAUCGCAAGGAUUAAGCCAGAUGUUCUCCAGGUGGAGCGGCACGUAUACCAGAUCCAGCGCGCGCUGAUUGCUUUCACCAAGUCCAAAAAGAUGGCCCUCACAGGAUACAGCCCCUUGACAUCCCCCAAGCGUCCCUUCCCUCCAGGUCCUCUGGAUCCUAAGAAUGGCAUGGAGGACCCUGUGGUGAAGGAGAUUGCCAAGAAGCAUGGGAAAUCCCCAGCUCAGAUUCUUAUCCGCUUCAACAUUCAGAGUGGCAUUGCUACUAUCCCAAAAAGCCAGACACCUGCUCACAUCAUCGAUAAUUCAAAGGUUUUUGAUUUCCGACUGACGGAUGAAGAAAUGAAAAAGCUGGAAUCGCUGCACUGUGGGGCACGGGCUGUGGCCUGGGACAUCUUAGGGAUGGGGACGCACAAGCACUACCCUUUUACCAAGGAUGAGUGAUUCUGCAAGCAACAGCGCUCACCCCUCCCAGGCUUCAAGGCAUGGAAAUAAUGGAGAUGGCUUCUGCAUUUUGCAUCUAACCAAAGCGAGUUGAUUCUGCUCUCCCAAGGCUGACUGCUCCUUGUCCUCCCUGUGUCUCAUGGGGCAUAAGUGAAAUCAGGACGAGUGGUUUGUCUGCAGUGAGAUCUGGUGCUUCUGCUUCUGCUGGGCUUGACCCUGCCCCACUGGCAGAGGAAGGGGGGAAGGGGGUGCAACAGGUGCGGCCUGCCCUAGGUGUCAUCUCUGAGGGGGGUGACAUCACCGUGCCACCCCCCUGGGAGUCUAGCCCCACCCCAAGUAAACAGCUAGGCCCACCUCUGCCCUGCCCCACAUGUUGGGAGUUUAAAUGCUUGACUUUAUAUGCACGCUCAGCUUUCUGCAUCGCACCUGCAGUUUGAAAAGUUCUGUAUGCUUGGGGUGAGGGAGAAUGUUAAGUGUGUUCCAUUUUCCCCACUCUGAAAGUUCACUGAAUGAAAAAAAUAAAAAUAUUUUCCCAUAGUACGAUUA